GUUGCACCUCUCGCCGUUGACGGUAUGCCGAAGGAGCCACGUGCGGUGCCGAUGGGCAUCAUCAGCGCGGAGCCGAUCCACGCCGCCUCGCGUAAAAUUAAGUUCGGUACCAAAGUCACGACGUUAGGGAAAUCUACUCCGCAAGGACACGAUCGAAAUGCUGUCCGCAAAGGCAAGCGUGCAGACACAGGUCUGAAGACUGGUGGGAGUCAAUCCGGUAUUGUCUUUAACAAGGGAUUCGGUCAGCACAUCUUAAAAAACCCGCUUGUCAUCUCGGCGAUUGUGGAGAAGUCCUCCAUCAAGCCCACCGACAUCGUAGUGGAGAUCGGCCCUGGCACGGGCAACCUCACCGAGAAGCUUCUGCAGACCGCCAAGAAGGUCAUCGCGUUUGAGAUUGAUCCGCGAAUGGUGGCGGAGCUGAACAAGCGCUUCCAAAAUACCCCCCUCGCGUCCAAGUUGCAAAUUAUCCGUGGCAACUGCCUGGAGCAGGCAUUUCCGUACUUUGACAAGUGUGUGGCCAACGUUCCCUACGCCAUCUCCUCUGCCUUGGUAUUUAAGCUCUUGAAAACCCCCACCUUCAAGUGUGCAGUGCUGAUGUUUCAGCGUGAGUUUGCGCUGCGUGUCUGUGCGCAGCCCGGCUCCGAGGUGUACUGCCGUCUCUCCGUGAACGCGCAGCUGCUUGCGCGCUGCAGCCACCUCAUGAAAAUCAGCAAAAACAGCUUCAACCCGCCGCCCAAGGUGGAGUCGAGUGUGAUCCGGCUGGACCCCAAGAACCCGCCCCCGAGCGUCGACUUUGAAGAGUGGGACGGACUUGUGAAGAUGCUGUUCAACCGCAAGAACAAGAAGUCGUCAUCCAUCUUCCGCACCAAGGCAGCGGUGCAAGCCCUCUACGACAAGUACGUGAGCUAUCGCAAGAUGGAGGGCGGUCUGCCGGUGGGUCCAGGCACGGCUGACAAGGCAAAGGCGGCACCAUCGCCCUCCUCCCCUCCGGCUACAGCGGACAUCACACUCGAUCAGUUUCGCAUACUCCUCGACUCCGUCAUCGCUGACCCGAUGUUCGAGAAGCGUAGUCGCAUGCUGGAUGAGGAGGCGCUGAUGAACAUGCUCGCCCAUUUCAUUAAACACGGCAUCCACUUUAUUUAA